AACAGUGACUAUAUGUGUUUGUUUCUUGCUGUGUGAUUCUGAAAGGAGCUAAAACUCACUCAGUGGGUUGAAGGGCUACGGUGGCUGAUUCUCCACUGAGCUGCUCUGAUCAUUACAGACGUCUUGAAAAAGAAAGUGGAGUUUGGACUGAAGGAGCCGUUACAGAGAAACAGCACAGCAGCAGUUGGAGGAAAUGGCUGCUAGAAACCCUCUUUCAGAAGAAGAGCUUUCAUGUCCUGUGUGCUGUGACAUCUUCAGGGAUCCUGUUGUUCUGUCAUGCAGCCACAGUGUGUGUAAAACCUGCCUGCAGCAGUUCUGGGAAACUAAGGGGUCUCGAGAAUGUCCAGUUUGUAGAACAAGAUCCUCUAAAGAUCCUCCUCCUUGCAACCUCGUACUGAAGAACGUGUGUGAGGCUCUUCUAGAGAGCAGGAGUCAGAGAUCUUCAGCAGAGUCUGAGGGGCUCUGCAUUCUGCACAAUGAGAAACUCAAACUCUUCUGUCUGGAUGAUCAGCAGCCUGUGUGUCUGGUGUGUCAGACUUCAAAGAAACACAGAAAUCACAAAUUCUGUCCAGUAGAUGAAGUUGUGACUGAGUUUAAGGAUAAACUCAAGUCUGCUUUGAAGCCUCUACAGAAGAAUCUGAGAGUCUUAGAGGAAGGUAAACGAGAUUAUGACCAAACAGCCGCCCACAUUAAGACGCAGGCCCAGCACACAGAGAGGCAGAUAAAGGAGGAGUUUGAGAAGCUUCACCAGUUUCUAAGAGAUGAAGAAGCAGCAAGGAUAGCUGCACUGAAGGAGGAAGAGAAGCAGAAGAGUCAGAUGAUGAGGAGGAAGAUUGAAGAGAUGAAUGGAGAAAUAUCAGCUCUUUCAGACACAAUCAGGAACAUAGAGAAGGAGAUGGAGGGUGAGGACGUUCUGUUCUUACAGAACUUCAAGUCCACAGAGAAACAAGCUCAGCUCACACCAAAGGAUCCAGAGAAGACAUCAGGAGCUCUGAUCAAUGUUGGGAAGCACCUUUCCAACCUGAAGUUCAGAGUGUGGGAGAACAUGCAGGAGGUUCUCCAGUACACCCCUGUUACUCUGGACCCCAACACUGCACAUCCAGACCUCCACCUGUCUGAUGAUCUCACUGCUGUAGAAAAGAGAGACCAGAGAUCAUCACUUCCUGAUAAUCCAGAGAGAUUUGAUGAGUAUGAGUCUGUUCUGGGUUCUGAGGGUUUUAACUCAGGGAUUCACUGCUGGGACGUCCAGGUUGGAGACAGUGAUAACUGGUCACUGGGUGUGAUCACAGAGUCUGGACCAAGAAAAGGAUUCUCUUUCUGGGGUUCAGUGUGGAGUCUGGACUACAAUAAAAGCAGUAAUACAAUCUGGAUUCUCUGUCCAGGACAGUCAGGUCACUCCUUCACCCCUAAAGAGAAGCUGCAGAGGGUCAGAGUGCAGCUGGACUGGGACAGGGGGAAAGUGACCUUCACUGAUCUUCUAACCAACACACACCUGCACACUAUAACACACACUUUCACUCAGAGAGUUUUACCGCUUUUCUGUAAUGCGUCUGUUCAUCCUCUGAGGAUCUUAGCAGUGAAGACGUCAGUAACAGUAGAGCAGCACAGUUAAAGCUGAAGCUGCUUAGAAUGAUCAUUUAUAAGGUAGUGAGUGUCUGAAUUAUGAUCAUAAGAAUAUGUCACUGCAUGUAUAUUUUAAAUAAUGUGUUUGUACCGCUCCAUCCUGACAUGUCUGAGUGAAAUAAAAUGCUGGUUUAAAGUGUCA